AUGCUGAGUCGCGGUCUAUCUCGAGCCACUUUCUCAAAAUCACGACUCGCCCUUGCUUCCCGUACUUUCGUUCUUCAGAGGCGACUACUUUGCAAACCUCCAGAUCAGACUAUAAUUGAUGUCGCCGGGCACAAGUCCUUAUCCGAGGGUGAUACGUCGACCGACGCUGUCGAGAACGUCGAGCUGACCUUCGUCGAAGAGCCGCUCGGUCUACGAGCAGACCAGGGAUUCGGGUACCUGCAGGUCGAUUUUGGCCAGAGGAUUGGUCCCGGCGAUCGGUACGAGGUCCUUAGAAAGCUGGGUUGGGGCAUGAACGCUAGUGUAUGGCUUGCGCGAGAUCAUGAGGAGGAGUGCUACGUGGCUAUUAAAGCACUCAAAGGCAUGGCCACCGACAUCCACUUUCAAGGAUAUAUGCAAGAGCUCCCUAUCAUGGAAUGCGUCACGGAACACAUCCAACAGUCCGGUCGACCAGCGUACUGCGCCACACUCCGCUCUCACUUCAUCCAUCAUGGCAAACCUAAUGAUGGCGAACAUCUAUGUCUAGUCAUGGAUGUGCUGGCCGGCGAUAUUGAGGCUCUUCAGACGGAGUCGAAGGCGUUCCCUGUCCCGUUGGCGAAGCGUAUUUUACGCGACACGCUUCGUGGCCUAGCGCAGCUGCAUGCCUCGGGUUGCGUGCACACAGAUUUGAAAUCUGCGAACAUUAUGUGUAACCUCCCGGAAGCUACGUCCGAGGCCAACCUGCGCCUGCUUCUUGAGAGCAGUCCUUCUCGCCGACACCCACCCGAACAAAGCUGGGACUACUUUGUCGAAGCGGCCGUAUCUCAGCCUUUACCGCCGCCGUCCAUAGACCAGGCUCUUUCCGCAUCAUUCGUCAUCGGUGACUUCGGAAGUGCUCAGUUUGCUGACCAUCAGGUUAUAUCGCAUAUCACUCCGGACACCUUGCGUGCACCCGAGAGUAUACUGCAAGGUCCGUGGGACUCCAAAGUCGACAUCUGGACCUUUGGCUGCCUGGUCUAUGAGUUCAUGCUUGGCAUACCACUCUUUCCUCGUAAACACCCUGUGAUGGAGCCCGAUGUUUAUCACUUGAUUCAAAUACUCAAGUUUACCGGCGAGGAAUUUUCACCGAAUCUGAUCAAGACGUACAAGUACGCGCCAGAUUUUCUUGACAUGGAAACCGGCUACCUUGCACGCGUCCGUAAACCCGUUACUAAGGUCCAUUUCUCUCUCCUUUUCAGACGAAAUGCUGGAGUUCUCGCACUUCCUGAGCACGACAUCGCCGGUGCGAUCGACCUUAUGUCUCGGUGUUUCCGCAUCGAUCCCGCAGAUCGGCCAACUGCGAUUGAGCUGGUACGCGAGAGCCCAUGGAUGCUGGAGCUGGGUGAUGAUUUUUGA